AUGUUACGCAAAUAUGGGAUAAUUGUGGACAUGCUUUGAUGUCUACCGCAGCCUAUGCUGUCUUUUUCUUUUCAUUAUGUACUGCUAAGUUGUAACAGUUCCUCAUUUUUGAAAAGAUGCAUUCCAAUUUGCACUUGUACGUUCUUGGUUUAGUUCAGUCAACUGUCAUUUGGUCACGAUCAUUUGAUCUUAUUAUCGGAUUCACGAAUUAACUGUUAUUUUGAAUCUUUUGAACGUGAUUGCAAAAGGAAAUGAACCAAACUUUCGACUCGAAUGAACUGAAAACUGCUGCACGAAUGACAUGAUGCCGAGAACGCAUGCGCAGGAGGAUUUGUUGGCGAUCCGUAAGAAAAAAGGUUGAAAAAAAAAAAAAAGAUUUGCAGCAUCCUAUGGUGACAAGGAGAAACAGAGGAGGAGUGUGAAGACCUCUGCUUUUGGUAACCUUUGAGCCUGGUAAAAUAGUGAUGUACUCAACGUCAGGACUUUGAUGCAUGUUGCUGUUAGAGUAUUGUUAGUGUUUUAGAGAAAGACAUUCAGAUUAAUAAGGCAUUCAGCCUGACAACAACAUUGACCAGCACAGAGGCAAAGACAACUGGUAAACGGAACUGCUGAAAAAAUGAAGAACCUCUCAUCCUCCACAGAGAAACAGAAUGUGGAAGGAGUUUCUUUUAAACAAAGAAGAAAUAGUGCUACGUGGAAACCACCAGCAUCAUCUUCAGUCAUGAGUUCCUUUCCUGAAGGCCCUCCAGUUCUAGAUUACAGGGAACCAGGACCUCCUCCUAAGAAGCACAAAUACCAGCAAAGCUUGAAAACCCUCAUCCCGUUCCGUUUUGGCUCACACUCACACCCAAUUGAUGAUGCUGGUUUCUUCUCCUUCACAUCAUUUGUAUGGAUGACACCCAUGAUGUGGAGUCUCUUUAGGAACCGGUUAGAUGAGGACUCUCUUUCUAUCUCACCUCAUGAUGGAGCCCACAUUAAUGGAGAGAGGUUUCAGAGACUGUGGGAUGAGGAAGUUGCCCGUGUCGGCCUAGAGAAGGCAUCUGUUGCUGCCGUGGUCAUGCGUUUUCAGAAGACAAGAUUAAUAGUGUCCUUCUUGGCCUCUGUCCUAUUUUCUUUUGCCGUAUUUGUUGGUCCGUCAAUUCUAGUGUAUGAAAUCCUGAACUACGUCGAGCAGCCUGAGGCAUCCACUCUGUUCCAUGGUGUUGGUGUGUGUGUGGCUCUGUUCAUAUCUGAGUUCAGCAAGGCAUAUUUUGCAUCACUCCUGUGGGCUGUGAACUUGCGUACCGCUGUGAGAAUGAAGGGAGCAUUCUCCAUGCUUGCUUUCAAGAAAAUCAUCUCUCUCAGGAAUCUUACCAGCAUCAGUGUAGGAGAGACUAUAAAUGUGUUGACGAGUGAUGGCUAUCGGCUGUUUGACGCGGUCCUGUAUGGAACGUUUCUGCUGUCUGUUCCGUUUCUGCUUAUCAUAUGUAUCAUAUAUGCCUGCGUUAUUCUGGGAUACACUGCACUUAUUGGAAUUCUGGUCUACAUGGUGUUCAUACCAAUACAGUUCUCAAUUGCCAGGCUAAUUGGUGUGUUCAGAAGGCGGGCUGUAUCCGUGACAGACAGACGUGUUCGCACAAUGAAUGAGGUUCUAAACUGCAUCAAGCUCAUUAAGAUGUAUGCGUGGGAGGAGUCUUUUGAGAAAACAAUCACAGAUAUCAGGAAAAAUGAGAAGUUGCUAUUACAAAAGGCUGGUUAUGUUCAGAGUUUAAUCGCUUCCUUAACAACGAUAGUUCCCACACUGGCAACCAUCCUCACCUUUAUUGCCCACACCGCACUGAAACUGCCUCUUCAUCCUUCUACUGCGUACACUAUCAUCGCUGUAUUUAACUGCAUGAGGAUGUCUAUGGGCUUGUUGCCAUUCUCUGUUAAAUCUGUGGCUGAGGCUAAAGUGGCUCUUGCGAGACUCAAGAAGCUUAUGUUGGUACAGAACCCCAAAGGUUAUCUUAACCAGGAUAAAAAUAUGGAUUUGGCGCUGGUCAUGGAAAAGGCCUCAUUCUCUUGGAGCCUGUCAGAUGACAUGAACGGCACUGAAAAACCACAAGAUCCCUCACAAAGUGCCACACAGCAGUCAGAGUCACAACCUUCACUCAGAAGCAUCAGUUUCACUCUUUCAAAGGGAAGUCUGCUUGGGGUGUGUGGCAAUGUUGGAAGUGGAAAAACCUCUUUGAUAUCAAGUAUUCUUGAGCAGAUGCAUCUUGUGAGUGGGUCUGUAUCAGCUAAUGGAACAUUAGCAUAUGUUUCCCAGCAAGCCUGGAUAUUCCACGGGACUGUAAGGGACAAUAUCCUCAUGGGAGAACCAUUUGACCAAACCAGAUAUGCCAGUGUCAUUCAUGCCUGCUCUCUGAAGCCUGAUCUGGCAAUACUUCCAUAUGGAGACCAGACAGAGAUUGGAGAGCGAGGUAUUAAUCUUUCAGGUGGUCAGAAGCAGAGGGUCAGUUUGGCCAGGGCAGUGUAUUCUAACAGAGACAUUUUCCUUUUGGAUGAUCCUCUGUCUGCUGUCGACGCACAUGUUGGGAAGCACAUAUUUGAAGAAUGCAUCAAGAAAGAGCUGAAAGGCAAAUCAGUCAUUCUGGUCACUCAUCAGUUGCAGUAUUUGGAGUUUUGUGAUGAGGUGUUGCUGUUGGAUAAUGGGGAGAUAAAGGAGGCAGGCACUCACAGUGAUUUGAUGAAAGCUAAAGGCCGCUAUGCUCAUCUUAUUAACAACGUCCAGCUGGAACAGAGCAAAGAAAAGGCAGAAGCUGAUUCCACACAUACUGAACACAAUGACUCUAACCAGACCGAUGAAGAUAAGCCCAAACUCAAUGGCAUCGAAAACCCAGCUUUUGAUAUGUCUGAUGAGAAACAUGUAAUAAAUGAAUUACCCAAAGACUCCACAGAAACAGAAGGGAAAAAAGAUCAAUUAGUAACACAGGAAGUGUCCCUUGAAGGUUCAGUUGCAUGGAGGACUUACCACCAAUACUGCAAAGCUGCUGGAGGGUAUAUACUGCUGGUAGUUGUUAUACUUAUCUUCACUCUUCUUGUGGGAUCGACUGCUUUCAGCAAUUGGUGGCUCAGUUACUGGUUAGACCAGGGAUCAGGGAACAGUUCCAGUUCUAAUCUAACAGCAAACAGUGGUAAUAUCUCAGAGAAUCCAGACCUGCCAUUCUACCAAAUGAUUUAUGGCAUUAUUAUUGUUGCCAUGGUACUGUUGAGUAUUGCCAAGGGCUACAUCUUCACUAAAGUCACUCUGCAUGCCUCUUCCAAACUCCAUGACACAAUGUUCAAACGGAUCCUUCGCAGCCCAAUGAGUUUUUUUGACACAACUCCAACUGGCCGCCUGGUGAACCGCUUCAGUAAAGACCAAGAUGAGGUUGAUGCAGUUUUACCGUUCAACAUGGAGAACUUUUUUCAGUUCUGUUUGAUCGUUACUUUCACCCUUCUCACCGUCUGCAUUGUAUUCCCAUACCUCCUGAUCGCCGUGGCAGUUCUCGGAGUCAUCUUUGCCACAAUCCUAUAUAUUUUUCAAAGGAGCAUUCGUCAGAUGAAGAGGAUGGAGAAUGUGAGUCGUUCUCCCUGGAUCUCUCUCACCACCUCUACCAUACAGGGACUCAGCACCAUCCAUGCCUAUGACAAAAGAAAGCAGUACAUUGAACAGUUUAAGAUGCUAAGUGACACCAACUCUAAUCACUUCAUGUUGUUUAAUUGUGGGACUCGCUGGCUGGCAUUUUGGUUAGACUUCCUGUCUGCUUCUGUUACUCUAAUGGUAGCACUGUUUGUAGUGCUCAGCCCCAAUGAGGCCAUAAACCCUGCUCUGAAGGGCCUGGCUUUAUCUUACACGAUACAGCUGACUGGAAUUCUUCAGUUUGUGGUGAGAUUGUCCACCGAAGUGGAGGCGAAGUUUACCAGUGUAGAGAGACUACUGGAGUAUAUUACGAGUUGUGUAUCAGAGGGUCCACGAAGUGUCAAGGAAGCUCACAUCCCCACCGAAUGGCCACAGGAGGGCGCCAUUACCUUUAAAAACUACAGUAUGAGAUACAGGGACAACACACCCAUUGUCCUCAAUAAUCUCCACAUAAAGAUUAAGCCAGGGGAGAAACUUGGCAUUGUGGGACGCACUGGCUCUGGGAAGUCCUCUCUGGGUGUGGCAUUGUUCCGUUUGGCAGAGCCGGCUGAGGGCACUAUUUUGAUAGAUGAUGUGGACAUCUGCAAGCUGGGGCUGAAAGAUCUUCGCAGCAAACUCUCCGUCAUACCACAGGAUCCUGUACUCUUCAUCGGAACUGUCAGGUAUAACCUGGACCCCUUUAACAACUACAGUGAUGAGGAGCUCUGGCUGGCUUUAGAAAAGACCUACAUGAAGGACACGAUUGCUAAGCUGCCAGAGAAGUUGCAGUCUCCAGUAGUGGAGAAUGGAGAGAAUUUCUCUGUCGGAGAGCGGCAGCUCAUGUGUAUGGCCAGAGCGCUUCUCCGUAAUUCCAAAAUCAUUCUAUUGGAUGAGGCAACGGCAUCUAUAGACUCUGAGACUGACAGCCUGAUCCAGCACACCAUCAGAGAUGGUUUCCAGCACUGCACUAUGCUCACGAUCGCCCACAGGAUUAACACUGUGUUGGAGUGUGACCGCAUACUCGUCAUGGACCAGGGCAAGGUGGUUGAGUUUGAUCCGCCACAGGACCUGAAGCAGAGACCGAACUCUCUAUUUGCAUCACUUCUAGCAGCAGCUAAUCAAGUGAACUCAUGAAGGACUCGGAAACAUUCUCAUACUGCAUGUUGUUGCAGAAUUUGACAGAUAUAUAUACACAAAGUGGUUUACGACAUCUAUAUGUACACGACUCUUACAGAAUAUGUGCGUGACCUCAUACAUCAAUCUUUACAUAUGAGCUGUCAACUAAUAUGAUGAAUACACCAUAGCACAUUUGCCACACUUCUUUUCAACAUUACAUUUAUAGGUAAAAGCACAUGGAUUUGCACUUUUUUUUAUUUGCGCUUCACAUUAGUGUAAUUUUUCAGAGGGCUCUGCACAUUUUUGCUCGUGUGCUUUAUAUGUCUGUCUUCAUAUUUUGUUAUUUACAAAGCUCUUCCUGACAGCAUUUACAGACUAAGCUUUAAAUGGUCACUCAGUUUGCAUAGGUUCAUCAGAUGUAUAUAUUUAAAAUAUUUAUUUGAUUUUUAUAUGUAUGAAACAGAUAUAAUAUCAAAAGACAAUAUAUGCACAGAUAAACUCUAA